AUGAGGGCUGUUGCAGUAUCCAUACCUGGUGGACCUCAAGUUCUGCAUGUUCGAGAAAUCGAUGAACCUCAUCUCACACACGAUCAAGUCCUCAUCAGAGUCCACUUCGCCGCCGUUAACCGAGACGACAUUUCUCUCCGAAAAGGCGCUUUCCGUUUCCCAUAUGGUGCAACUCUUUUCCUAGGUUUUGAAUGUUCUGGAAUUAUCGAAUCCGUCGGUAAAAACGUCUCCAAAUGGAAAAUCGGUGAUGAGGUUUGUGCUCUUCUUGAUGGAGCUGGAUAUGCUGAGAAAGUAGCUGUUCGGGAGGGACAAGUUUUUCCGAUUCCAACCGGGGUUUCUCUCAGGGAAGCGGCUAGUCUUCCCUUCGCUGCAUGUACUGUCUGGUUGUCUAUCUUUAUCACCAGCAGACUAUAUAGAGGGGAAACCUUGUUGAUUCAUGGAGGUUCUGGCGGAAUCGACGCAUUUGCAAUUAAGGCAGCUAAGUUGGGUGGAUCAAGAGUAAUUGUUGUUGCAGGUGAUGAAGAGAAGCUAUCUUAUUGCGUGAGUAUUCAAGCCGAUGUUUGCAUCAAUUACAAAAUUGAGGACUUUGCUGCUAGAGUGAAGGAAGAAACUGGUGGUCGAGGUGUUGAUGUUAUUCUUGAUUGUACUGGAACACAUUGCUUUCAGAAAAAUAUUGAGUGCUUGAAUGUUAAUGGAAGGCUUUUCAUUAUCGGCGCUCUAGGGGCGACUUUGUAUACACAGAUGGAUCUAAGGGAUUUAGUUACCAAGCGUCUCACUGUCCAAGGGGGUUACUUGCAGAAUAGGAGUGCUAGAAGCAAGCAAUUGAUCAUUGAAGAUGUGAAGAAGAAUCUUUGGCCUGCAAUUGGAAAUAGAGAAGGAAUGAUAAAUCCUUUGGUCCACCAAUGUUUCUCUUUUUCUGAAGCAGAUGAGGCUCACCAGCUUGUGGAAACUGGUCACCAGAUUGGGAAAGUAUUGCUUGUGCCAUGA